AUUUACGCCUUCGGCAUGUGCAUCCUGGAGAUGGCGACCUCCGAGUAUCCAUACUCUGAGUGUCAGAACGCUGGCCAGAUCUACCGCAAGGUCACCAGUGGAAUCAAACCUGAGAGUUUUUCCAAAGUGACCAUCCCAGAGCUGAGGGAGAUCAUUGAGGGCUGCAUCCGCACCAAGAGCAGCGAGAGGUUCACAGUUCAGGACCUGCUGGAUCACCGGUUCUUCCAGGAGAAGCUGGGCGUCCACGUGGAACUGGCAGAAGAAGACGAUGGUUCGAAGACGUCGCUGAAACUCUGGCUGCGGAUGGACGACAACAAGAAGCUUUGUGGCAAAUAUAAAGACCAUAACGCCAUAGAGUUCGUGUUCGAGCUGUACAAGGACGUCCCCGAGGAGGUGGCUCAGGAGAUGGUGGUGCUGGGGUUCGUGUGCGAAGCAGACUAUAAGGUGAUUGCCAAGGCGAUCAGAUACCGGGUGACGGCCAUAAAGCGCCAGCGGGAGAAACGGCGCCGCCUGGAGGAGGAAAAGCUCAAACACCAGAAAGAAGUGAUUGAAGAGGAGGUUGACCCCCAGGCAUCUGAAACGUCCAAUAAGAAGCCAGCCACAAACACAGCUGAUGGGAAG